AUGCUCCUGGGCAGACCUUGUACAAGAUGCCAUCUCGGGCGCUGUGUAUUUUUCCUCAUUGUGGCUCUUUUGAGCGACGCUGUGGGCCUGGUGCUUUUGCUGGUGGGGAUCUUCGCCACACUGAACUACUGGGACUUCUUGGUCUACACAGGGGCUCUGAUCCUGGCCCUGAGCCUACUGUUCUGGCUUGCCUGGUAUUCCUUCAAUAUCGAGGUGCCUCUUGAGAAGCUGGACUUCUAG